GAAGUGUCAUUAUCAGCUGUCGUGUUGUUUAUAAAAACUAAUACCGUUUUCAAAAUAUAAUGUUAACCAUAUCAAUUAAUAGGUAUUAUAUAAUUUAUAAUUAGAAACAGCUAAACAUAUUGAUGUUUAACUUCAUUUUUGAAAAAUGUUAGGCGGUGUAAGAUUAAAAGUGUCAUUAACCCACGAACGAACUUGUUUUGCAUACAUAAGUCCUAAAUACAGCGCCAACAAAGAACAAUCACAAUGUAUACAAAUCUUGUAUAAGGAAAAACAUAUAUUAUUAUGGGCAGUAUUCAGCAGCAAUGUUUCGGAAGGUUACAUAUCAUGCAAUCCAACUCACAGUAAGCUACUAGGUUUAGAUGAGGGUGCUGAAGUUUUUGUGUCUCCAUAUGGAGAUGUUCCAGUCUUGGAUGAACUGUAUAUUGACACAGAAAGUCCUGAUGACCAAGAAAUAUUGGAGCAUAAUGCUGAUAUUCUUCAGUAUAGAAUCCUUGAUCAAUUAAGGCUGGUUGUCUCUCAUCAAAAAGCAGUAGUAUGGAUUUCAACAUCACUUCCAAUUGUUUUUACACCAAAGCAAACAGGCCUUUUGGUCAAUCAUAGUAAAAUUAUAGUAAAGGUAGAUGUUUUCAAUAAAGUUCAAAAUCAGAGCAAUACCUUAGGUGCUUCAACUCAAAACAAUAAACAGGCCUUUAACAAUAUUGGUCUUAUUAAUCAGGGUAUACUUCGGCCUUAUUUGUUUGUACCAAGCAGACUGGUUUUACGAGCUCUUGCUAUUGAUAGUGAUGGUAAAAAAGGCAAGAACUUAAUUCAUCCAUAUACAGUUUUCAUACAUGAGAACUUAAUAGGUAGUAUCUACAAAGAUUUGACAGUAAUACUAGCAACAAUGCAGAAUAUUCCAUCUAUAAGCCAUUUAUCAAAUCGUAAUGAAGAUGAAAAUGAAACCACAAAUACAAUUGAUGAUUUGUGUGUGGAAAUAGUUCCAGUAGAUAAUGUGAUAUUCAGAAGCCUUUCUCAUGAAGUAUAUAACAAAAAUAUACCUUCUGUUUUAAUACCUAAGUCAUUAAAUGCAAUAAUUAAUAUAGAAAAUGGUAUGAAGAUCAUAUUUACCUUAAUUGGUGACAAGGCAGAACAACCCGAACAUAUUGAUGUCAUUACAUACACAGACAAUACUCAAACAGAAAUUGAUAUUAUUGAGAAGUUUAAAAAAUGUGUUGUUGAUAACACACAUUCAGGGAAACAGUUUUUAAUAAACAACAACAUAGUGAAGCAAAAUAAUCAAAUAACAAAUGGAUUUUUAAGAUUCAAGCUAAAACCAGAGAAAUUGAAAUACACAAUGUUAAAUUCAGAAUCAUUCAGACAUUGUUCUGUGUCUGCGAAAAGUUUGACAGAUGCUGAAUUGGAAUUACCAAAACAUGUGCCCUCAAAAUUAGAAUAUGAUUUCAAAAAUUAUUGUAGAUCUAUGAGAUCAAUGCAAAAUAUUGUUGAAAAAGUAGUUGCAAAUAUAUAUUUUGAAAUUCAUCGGGAGGCAUGUUUUAAAGGAGUAUCUGAAAUAAAGAGUAAUAUUUUAAUUACUGGUGCUAGCGGCAGUGGAAAGACAUCUCUUUGUCAUAUAGUCCAAAAGGACCUUACUCUAUGGUCCCAUGUACUUCAUUGUCGGCCUCUAAAGGGCCGGAAAGAUAUUCCAGAAGUAUUGAGCAAGGCAAUACUAAUUUGCCAGGAGCAUAGUCCAUCUGUAUUGAUUUGUGAUGACUUUGAUGCGUUGGUAUCGCCUAAUAUGGAAGGCGAUUCGCCGCAAGAUAUUGCGUUUUAUCAAAGACUGGCAAUUUGUAUUAAGAACAUGCUGCAGUCGUGUUCUGGAGUCUGUGUAAUAAUGACAUCACUCAGUAUGCAUUCCUUGCAUCCGGUAUUGAGAGAGUUUGGCGGGAAACCUCUGUUCACCAGCCAUUUUGACGUUCCUGAACUUGAUCAAGACGAGAGGGUGGAGUUGUUCAAGCACUUACUAAAUAACAAAGUACGCGAGUCGUUCGUUGUUGAAGACGAUGACGUCAUCAGGAUGGCGAUGGAUACGGCCGGCUCCAGCGUGCGAGAUGUCGUGGACUACCUCAAUAAGAAGAUAUUCAAAGCUAUCAAGAAGAAAAAAUCAUCAACAGAUAAACCACGUCUCAACGAAGCAACAAAAGAAACACCCAAAGAACUAGAUAUCUGGACUCCAGUGGGAGGCUUGGAGGACGUUAAGCGGCAGCUCACGGAAGCCAUUUUCUGGCCAAUCAUGUAUCCAGUGUUAUUCCCCUCUAAACGAUGUGGGGUCAUGCUGUAUGGCCCGCCUGGGACGGGCAAAUCCCAUUUGGGGUCUUGUUUGGCCCGGGCCGCUAAUAUGCGAAUGCUCACUGUGAAGGGGCCGGAACUACUUUCCAAAUAUAUUGGACAAAGCGAAAAGGCUGUUAGGGAUAUUUUUGACAAAGCGGAGUUGCAGCGUCCGUGUAUUCUCUUCUUUGACGAAUUCGACAGUCUCGCGCCCAAACGUGGUCACGACUCAACCGGCGUAACCGACCGAGUGGUAAACCAAUUACUGGCGAGGCUCGAUGGGGCCGAAGGGGGUGCGAAGGGUCCAGUUGUAGUUGCCACUUCUCGACCGGACCUGGUGGACCCGGCUUUGUUGAGAGCUGGAAGGAUCGAACGCCAUAUUUACUGUGCUUUGCCGGAUUUGAAUGAUCGCCAAGAAGUGCUAAAGACGCUGGCACAGAACGUGACAGUAGACGAAAGCGUAGACUUCCGGCUGAUAGCGGAAAAGACUGAGGGCUUCUCACCGGCCGAUCUGAAGUCUCUGCUGGUGACUGCGCAACUUGGAAGGUUGGAGACUCAGCUGAUGAGCAGCGAAAAUCGUCGUAUGGAGAGUGUGACAGUCAAUGGAGAAGACAUUGAAGUUGCACUGAAGGAAACCAAACCCUCGCUUUCAAUGGAACAGAGAAGUUUCUAUGAUAUGAUAUACAAAAGAUUCCGAGGCGACCCUCUUUCGUCCGAACAAAAAAUGAUAUCGCAACAGAUGCUAAAACAGAGGGUCACGCUCGCCUGAUUGUUUCGGUUUUGUUCAUGAAGAUUACUAAUGGUUAUCGGUUUUUAAUUUAUGUAUAAUUUUGUGCUUUAUAGGCAUCGUGGUGAGAGUAUUUUUUGCUUAAGUUUUUAUAUAUUGAAGAUGUCUCAAACUGUUCAUAUUUAUUUAAUAAAUAGAAAAUACUACAUCGGGUAGUUUGAGCGAUAUCUUCCAGACAUACUUAAUAAAAGACAGGUAAAAAAACUUUUUUUUUAUAGUACAUUGGGGCAAACGAGUCUAUUGGACGCCCAAAGCCCACGGACUUUUAGUGGGUAAAUUGUAAUUGUAAAGUCGGGUUUUUAUUGGUUUUAAAUACGUAAUUUUCUAUACAAGGUAUGUAGUUCACGAGUGACUAAGUGUAAUGGUGGCUGUACACACUCGGCGAGAGCCUCUCGACGAGAGUCUCGACCGAGAGGACCGAGAGAAGAGCGCAGCCUGUACACACUCGUUACGUUAAUUGUAUUUAAAACACCGUUAAUAAUGGACGUGGAAACCGCUGCUGCUGUUUGUCUUUGUGCAAUAAGUUAUUAUAAUCUUCUUCACGUUUACCAUUUAAAAAAAAUACGAAGCCAUGGCGAAGAAGAUGGUGAAUAAUAUUCACCGCAACAGAAAUUGGUAAUUAGGAUCAUAAAGUUUUAAUAUUAUCCAAAAUUGAGUGAUUGAACGAGUGUGUACA